AUGGCUGCUAAAACCAAAGACAGCUCCAUCCACGGCAAGACAUUUUCGGGGUUUGGCAACCUCAUCAAGCUCCUUCCAACAGGAACAGUCUUUUUGUUCCAAUUCCUAAACCCUGUCCUGACCAACAAUGGUCACUGCCACACCGUUAAUAAGUACUUAAGCGGCAUUCUCAUAGGCCUUUGUGGCUUCUCUUGCUGCUUCUCUUCCUUCACCGACAGUUACAAAGGCAGUGAUGGCUUGACUCACUACGGAAUUGCAACCAUGAAAGGGCUUUGGCCAUCUUCAUCAGAUUCUGCUGGGUCUUCUGUGGACCUGUCAAGCUACAAGCUUCGAGUUGGUGACUUUGUUCAUGCUUUCUUUUCCUUGAUCGUGUUUGCUGUGUUGUCCCUGUUGGAUAGCAACACGGUGGAGUGCUUUUACCCUUCUUUCGAGUCCACCGAGAAGGUUUUGCUCAUGGUGUUGCCUCCUGCUAUUGGUGCAAUUUCGGGUACUGUGUUCAUGUUGUUUCCAAACAAGCGCCAUGGAAUUGGAUACCCUUCUAGUGAUUCUUCAAAGAACUCUUAG